AUGUCAAAAGGCCGUGUUUGUCUUGCCUACUCUGGAGGUCUUGAUACCUCCACGAUCCUAAAAUGGCUCAUUCUUGAAGGCUACGAGGUUGUGUGUUUCCUUGCCGAUGUCGGUCAAGUAGAGGACUUUGAUGCCGUUGAGAAGAAGGCUCUCGCUCUUGGAGCUGAGCGCAUGAUCAUUGAAAACCUCCAGAAGGAAUUCGUCGAACAAAUUGUCUUUCGAGCAAUUCAGUGCAAUGCCAUCUAUGAGGAUCGAUAUCUUCUUGGAACUGCUCUUGCUCGACCUGUUAUCGCUCGAGCUCAAGUCCGAGUUGCUGAGAAGUACAACUGCAACCUUCUGAGCCAUGGUUGCACCGGUAAAGGAAACGACCAAGUUCGUUUCGAGCUCGCCUUCAAGGCUUGCAACCCCUCCAUCAAGAUCAUCGCCCCUUGGCGACUACCCGAAUUCUGCGAGAAGUUCCAAGGCCGAAAGGACCUUCUUCAAUUCGCUGCCGAGAACAACAUUCCUGUCUCAUCCACCCCAAAGGCCCCUUGGAGCCAAGACGAGAACCUUGUCCAUUGCUCGUACGAGGCUGGUAUUCUCGAGGAUCCUGACCAUACUCCUCCUAAGGAUCUUUGGACUCAGACUGUCGAUCCUCUUGAGGCACCUGACAAGCCCUACGACUUCACUGUUCAUUUCGAGAAGGGUCUGCCUGUCAAGGUUGCUACACCUGACCAGGAGGAGACCGACUCGGUAAAGCUCUUCAAGCUUCUCAACAAGAUUGGCCACGACCACGGUGUUGGUCGAAUCGACAUUGUCGAGAACCGAUUUAUCGGACUCAAGAGCCGUGGCUGCUAUGACACCCCUGGCUUGACCAUUGCUCGUCUUGCCCACCUUGAUCUCGAGGGUCUUGUCCUCGACUCAAAGGUCCGCAAACUCCGAGACCAAUUUGUGACUGUCGAAUGGUCUCAAUGCCUCUACAACGGCGUGUACUUCUCCCCUGAGCGUGAGUGGCUCGAUGAGGCCAUUGUUUCUGCCCAGAAGGGCGUCAAUGGCCAAGUCCGCCUCCGAGUGUACAAGGGUCACGUCUAUGUCCUCGGACGAUCGAGCGAGACCAGCAGCCUCUACUCGCAGGAGGAUGCUUCCAUGGACAGCCUCGACACCUUCUCUCCUAUGGACAGCACUGGUUUCAUUGCUAUCCAGUCUAUCCGAUUGGAAAAGUAUGGUGCUCAGAAGGCCAAGGAUGGCCAGCCUCUCAGCCAGUCUUAG